CAGGACACGUGGCAUUUCGUUCAGCGUCUAUCUGUCAAAGCACCGUGAGAUCAUGGCGACGCGUGUGACCAGACGGCGCUUAAACCCUUCUUCUUCUUCUUCUCUCCGUCGUCCUCCGUAGUCUCUUUUAGUCCAUCGUUUGGCUGAAUCACAAGAUGAACAGAAGAAUUAACAUGGAAGGAGCGAAGAGAAAAAUUUCCUUGUUCGCGCGAAAGAUAGUCAAGAGGAAGAACAGAAGAAUCGUCACGAGUGUCGUGACCUACCUCAAAUCCGAUGCAUACUUUUUCUCUCCUCUGUUUUCCGAUUUUCCACCGCUCCCGCCGCAGAUACAGAUGCCUCCGCCGUCUAAUUCCGAUUCAUCGAAGGCGGACGAAGUCUCCAUGGCAGGGUUUGAGGCACUGGGGAUCGAGAGGGUGAAGAAAAAUAAGAGAAAAAUGUCGGAGAAAGUGAAGGAAUAUCUAAAAUCUGAUUAUCAUAUGUACGGACCCAUGAUCUCGCUUCCAAAGCUGGGUUCUUCGCUUAAAGUUUUCGUGGCAGGGGAAGUGCAAAUCAAAAAUUUGGUAACCAUGGAAGUAUCAACGAGCACUACAACCAUGAGGGAAGAUAACAACAGCUAUAGGAAUCUCCGGUCAGACAUUGCAGAACAGACACUGCGUAAAGGAAGAAUCAGCUCUCCAAAACGAGCAAUGGUCAUCUUAGAAGGACAACGAAGCCGUGAAACAGAUCUUUCACCAGCCUUCUCGUCUCUACCAGAGGAGAAGAUGGUGAAGCCAGAUCAAAGGAGAGUUCUAAUUGAGUGAAGAUAGUUUAGUCACAUAAUAGACAGUGUAAUCAUUGUAAAAUACAAAUUAAUUAGAUACAAUAAUUAGAGGAGUUCCAAGAGAAUAGGUUUUGUGUGAUAGGAAAGCGUUUCUUGUUGAUAAGCUUUUGUAGGAAGUGAUGUAUGAACGAGGAUGACAAAGAUGUGCGUCUGUCUGAACAUAUUGCCAUGUUACUUGUCUGCUCUUUGAUAUGUAGUUGUAGAAA